CGUGCUUUGGGAUGUGGAGAUCAGACAAUGGAGAGCCAGCUGAUUCUUACUAUGAAAUCCGGCCUGAGUGCAUUGAUGAUGUCCCCAAGACCAGAUUUAAGAUCAAGGCUGGAAAAACACUAAGUGUAAGAAAAUGGCAGGCGGCAUUUAAUCCAGAUGGAUAUCUGGAUAUAGGCAAGACAUUGAGCCGAAUCCAACGCGGGGGAAUUCAUCCGGCAAUCAGGGGAGAAGUUUGGGAAUUUCUUCUUGGCUGCUAUGACCCAAACAGUUCAACAGAAGAAAGAAAUCAGAUAAGACAGCGCCGAAGGGUGCAAUAUAAUACGUGGAAGGAAGUUUGCCACCAACUGUUUCCUCUUAUAGGAAGUGGAAAAUUCAUAACAGCGCCUGUAAUCACUGAAGAAGGGCAACCCAUUCAAGAUCCUUUAGUUCUGUUAGAAACAAACCCAGGAAACGGUGCCGUUAUUCCUCCUCCAGAUAAUGCAGCUCCUCUUACCUCCGACGCUGCAACUAAUUUAGAAAGGGUCACAGACAAGAGAAUCAUUCAGUGGAUGUUAACUCUCCAUCAAAUAGGACUCGACGUUCUUCGUACUGAUAGAACUUUGGUGUUUUACGAGAAGCAAGAGAACUUGGCAAAACUGUGGGAUAUUCUCGCCGUUUAUGCUUGGGUCGAUACUGAUGUUGGUUAUUGUCAAGGAAUGAGUGACCUGUGUUCCCCUAUGAUAAUGCUUUUGGAUGAUGAAGGUGAUGCCUUUUGGUGCUUUGAACGUCUAAUGCGCAGAUUGCGAGGGAAUUUCAGAUGCACUGAUAGCUCAGUUGGUGUGGAGUCACAACUCAGCACUUUGGCUUCAAUCACUCAAGUCCUUGAUCCAAAACUCCACGAACACUUGGAACAUCUAGGUGGAGGUGACUAUCUGUUCGCUUUCCGAAUGCUCAUGGUUUUGUUUCGCCGAGAAUUCUCGUUUUGCGAUUCUCUCUACCUUUGGGAGAUGAUGUGGGCUCUGGAGUAUGAUCCAGACUUGUUCAUGAUGUACGAAGAGCCAGACUCAGACUGUGAGAAGCCAGAGGAAUUGAAGAGAAAAGCCAAGUCCAAGAGUCAGUGUGGGAAAUACGAGAGAGACAAGUUGAAGAAUCAUUCUGAAGCUCCUCUUCCCAUCUCUGUCUUCCUCGUUGCCAGCGUUUUGAAAGAUAAGAGCGCUAAACUUCUCACUGAAGCUCGAGGCCUUGACGAUGUCGUCAAGAUAUUGAAUGACAUGACUGGCAAUCUAGAUGCCAAGAAGGCUUGCACUGGAGCAAUGAAACUCCAUAAGAAGUAUUUGAAAAAGGUACCCAAGAAGAGUAGUAGCACGGAACAUAGUUCUUGACAAUUUUAAUUGUUCUUUGAUCAAGCCAUCAAUUGAAUUUGUUAGUUGUUUUCAUACAAUUCGAUCGAUCGGCCGGCUUGGAGCUCAAAGGAAUUAAAAAAUGUAUGUUGUAAUCUGUAAGGUUAGCC